AUGGAGCGCUCGCGCGGUGGCUCCCGAGGGUGCAUCGCAGCGCUCGGUGCUGCUGCAAUGGAGCUCGCCGGCGAGUUAUGGGUGAUGUGUCGCAACGCUGACCGGCGGCUCCGCGUGCUGUCUACCCCUGCUCGCACCGCCGCGGCCUCUGCUCGUGGCCUCCACCAUCUCCUUCGGGGCCUCUGCACAACGGAAGCGCCUCCCUCCCCCCUCUCCCCGUCCGAGCUCGAUGCCAUCUCUGCGCUCAUCCCACGACUCAUCUCUGAGGGCCAGGUCCCCGCCGUCGUCCGCCUCCUCUCCGCGGCACUCCUCCUGCCCGGCUCCCCGGAGCGCCUCCCGCCCCCCCCGCUCGCGGAGCACCUCGCCUCCCUCCCCACGCUCACCCCGGCCUUCGCCCUGCUCACCGCGCUCCACCACCACCCCGUCCGCCCCUCGCCGCUCCCGCUCGCCACCCCGCUCCUCGGCCACCUCCUCGCGAUGCACCACGCCCGCGAGGCCGCUUUCGUGCUCCGCUGGCUCUGCCGCCUCGACUCCCCACGCCGGCCCGAUGCCGCCACCUACGGCAUCGCCGUCGCCGGGUUCUGCAGGUUCGGGGACCCCAGGAGCGCGCUCGUCGCCCUCGACGAGAUGGCCUCCGACGGGGUUCCGCCCUCACUGGAGCUGCAGGAGGCGGUGCGGGAUGCGAUGCUGCAGGACGCGAGGAUCGAGGAGGCGUGGGCGCUGGAGGAGGCUAUGCGGCCGCCGGAGUCCAAGAAGACGGGAACCAAGGCGACGCGUCAAGAGAGAGAGCUUCGGGUGAGAGAGAGAGAGAAGAAAAAAUGGAAGGAGGAAGAGAAGGAGAGAGGCAGGGUGCGGGGACGACCUGGUCCUGAUCGCCGGUGGUGGUGCUCCGGUGGCUGGCCGGCGGCGUGGCGAGGAGGAGGCCAGGGCGGGGCGGGGGUUACGGGAAAGAAGAUGGCGUCUGAGGCGUCGAGCUCCAACGCUGCGACGGACCUGGAGGCGCUGAUGAGUGAAUUGGGACUCCAAGAGGAGGACAUGGAUGAUGUGGUGGUGGAGAAGGAAGAUCCGCUGCCGCCGACGGCAACUCGAUGGAUGGCCAUAGCGCGAGUCCAUACGGAAAAGAAAUACAGUCAAUAUGGUUUCUUCAAGACAAUGAGGGCAGCAUGGGAUCUCGCCCAACCAGUGCAGUUUUGA